AUGCCUCCACGUCCCAUACGACCCAAAAACGAUCCAAGUGUGCCUGAAGGAAGCGAUGCUGGCAGCGACUCGAAAGGAGGGAAGCGCAGGGCUGUUUCGUCUGCUUGCAUUCCCUGUCGAAAACGCAAAAGCAAGUGUGACGGACAGUUGCCAGCAUGUUCAACUUGCGUGGCAGUCUAUCGAACGGAAUGCAGCUACGAUGCCGACAGCGACCAUCGUCGAAAGGGUGCCCUCAAGAGGGACAUCCAAUCUCUCCAACAACAAAACGAUGCUCUGGACGUUAUAGUGGCUUCUUUGAAAAGCCUACCAGAGACAGAGGCCAUCACACUACUACACAACCUUCGAGGCGAUACUAAUCCCAACGAACUCGCGGACUCGCUCAGGAGCAAUGUUCGACUCCCUCACAGCUUUGCGCCUCAGACGCUUGAAGCGGACUUUGCGCAGCAGAUCACCACACCUAAUACCGCACCUUACGAUAGUUCCACGACGUUCCCCCCUCCCCUCCCAAGGACCGACUCCCAGGAUAGCACCGACCUCAAUUCAUACAACCCAAGUACCACCUCAAGUGCGAUAAUGGAAGCACCGACGACCUGGUUCCGAGUACCGCAGGACGCAGAGCUCGUCGAGCAUCUCCUAAGCCUCUAUCAUUGUUGGGUGCACCCCUUUUAUUGUUUCGUUUCGUGGGACCAUUUCUUACACGACAUGGGACGAGGAAGAACCGAGUUCUGCAGCGCACUGCUGGUCAAUGCCAUCCUCUCCUUUGCCUGUCACUACUCAGACCGAGCAAUGGCUCGCACUGAUCCUUCCAACCCAGGGACCGCUGGAGAGCGAUUCUAUGCCGAAGCGAAGCGUCUCUUGGACCUCGUCGACAAGCCUACGAUUACUAGUGUCCAAGCUCUUGGAAUUAUGAGUCUGCGAGAGACGUCGGCGGGGAGGGACAGCAAUGGCUAUCAGUUGGCAGGGAGGUGCGUGCGAAUGGCGUUGGAGAUGGGGCUGCAUUUAUCGGUUAUCAAGAACGGUAUGCGGCCGCCGGAGGCAGAGGUUCGGAAGGUGGUGUUCUGGGCCGUUUUCAACCUAGAAACAAUCAUAGCCGUGGGGUUUGGUCGACUCUCGCAACUUCCACGAUCAGCGGCCGACAUCGAGACUCCAUCGACGAAUUCGAGGUCAGAAACGGUAACAUGGCGGCCGUACGAAGAUGUCAACGUGUCGAACAGCCCGAGCGCUGAGCAGCCAGCUCGCGCAAUGCUGUUCAAAGAUCAGCUCAGCAAGUUGUCUGAACUGGCCAGCGAUAUGGUCAACACUUUCUACGCCCCUCGCGAACGAUUCACGAGCAGACGACUCGCGGCGACCUACGCUCAGUAUCAGUCCUGGUACCAAAACCUGCCAGAUGCGUUUCGAUUGGAGAAUACUUCUCUGCCGCACGUGCUGGUGCUGCACAUGUACUACUAUGGCUGUGUUUUACACCUAUUCCGACCUUAUAUCAAGUUGGAUCUCAGGGCAGCGAACUUGUACCCACGCGAUACGUGCACGUUCUGUGCCAACGAGAUAUCGGCUUUGAUGAACGCGUUGCGGGCGAUGUAUGGCUUGCGUCGCGUGACACUUGCGGUGACAAGUCAUCUGCUUUCAGCCAGCACUAUCCAUCUGCUCAACCUUCCCUCAGACGAAGCUGCUGCGCACUUGAGCCAAGGGCUACACGAUCUGGAAGCCAUGUCAGUUAAUCACCGAUUCGCAGCACGCGCCGUGGACAUCGUCCGCUCCUUGUCGAGCAAAUGGAAGAUCGCGCUGCCAGAAGGUGCAGCAUCUGUCGCAGUCUACCGCAUGACGGGCCAGCGAGAGAUCUCCUCACCUCCACCAUCCACCUUCUUCGCAGCCUCAAUCGACCGCAAGCAGUCCUCCGAAGGCAAGACACGAUCUGGCGAAAGCAGCCACCAACAAUCCCCCUUCGAGCCCCCAAGCGGCGGUACUCAACUGCCCCACCAUCCAUCCCAACCGCAACACAGCACCUCCAUACCAACAUUUUACAGCGACCCAACGAUCCCCUUGGACGCCCAGCAGGCGCAAUCGGCGUUUUGGACACCCUUUCCCUCUCAGGUCAUGCCCAUCCCACAGUACGACAUGGCCUCCACCAUGAUGGAACUUUCGCAGCUCGACGGCCAGCACCAGGAGUGGCAUUUGUACGGCGGGUCGAGCGGGCCUCCUCCACCGCCGCCGCAGGACUACCACGGUAGACAUGGCUCGGCGCCCGGACGGCUGGAUGAGGACAUGGGCGGGAUGGAGAAUUGGCAUUGGCAGUCAUGA